CUUGUCUUGUAAUUUCUUGCAGAUGGUCACAAGAACAAAGAAAAUAUUUGUAGGUGGAUUAUCGGCUAAUACAGUAGUGGAAGACGUAAAGCAAUACUUUGAACAGUUUGGCAAGGUAGAGGACGCCAUGCUUAUGUUUGACAAGACGACCAACAGGCAUAGAGGUUGCUCGCCAGCCCUGCCCGUGUGUUUGGGGGCACCGCCGUGGGCCGGUAUGCCGUGGGGUCGCAGCAGUAGAAGCUCCCAUAUCUGCCAUCGAGUGAUUUAAUAGCGUUUGUGUCCAGCCUAACCCAAUCUACCUCACCUCACAGAGAAGAAAAAAAUAAUCCUGCAUCAAAAUUACUGCUUUUGGAACUGUCUUGUCUCUUUUGAGUAGGAACUGGAGACAACUAGACAAGCUUCAAUGAAAGCGAAUAAAGAAACAUUACUUUCUGAACACAAUCUUCUGUUACCAGUCACUUUUCAACAGACAUUCAAUCAAAAUGCUAAUAGCAAAGGCAACAAGGGAGCGAGGUUAUUGUAAUACUAAUUGAUAGGCUGCGGGGAUGGGUUGUGAUAAGUGCUGCUGAAGAUGUAUUUUUGAAAUAUGAUUCUCUUUAAUUACAAUGAUACUAAUAAAAAGGAACAAAUGAUUUAAUGAUAGUUUUCUA